AUGGCGGCCGGUCCACCCCGGGAGACCCUCGAGUGCCCGCAGGGCCGCGCCCUCCUUUGUUCCCGGAGAAAGCGGGUGGGAGCAGAGCAGAGCCGCUGUCAGGGUUCCGGGUCCGGGCUCGGCGUCCAGGGUCCGGUCUCGGGUCAGAAACGGGUACUCACGGUGUCCACGCGGCAGGCAGGGCGGUGGCCGGCUUCCAGGAGGUGGCCCGUGCCUUCCGCCCCUGCGAGCAGCCACAUGGCCCCGCACCUGGUCUUCGAGCAGCGGUCUCGUCCCGGGCGCUGCCCGCCGCCCCUAAUGCCCAGCUCCGCGGCCGAGGUCCCGUUCCUGCCAUGCUGCCACCCACCCAGUCCUCACGGCGCCCCUCGACUCCGCCCCUCUAGCGGGCGGACCAGCGGUCAGGGGCGUGGUCAGAUUGUGGGGGCGGAGCCGGAGCGUCGGCAGGGCGGGGCGGCUCCUGGAGGGGCGGGGUCUAGGCGGGGCAGACCGGAAAAGUUCCGGGAAAUCCCGCGGCCCACCGCCCGGACGGCGCGGAAGUUCCCGGCGGUGGUGCUCCGGCCGGCCGGCUGGCUCGGCGCUAUGUGGUCGGGGGGCGCGGAGGCGGAGACAAGGACCCCAGGCGCGGCCUCGGCGCUCUGCAGUCUGUACCACGAGGCGGCACAGCAGAUGAGGCGCCUGCAGGACCAGCUGGCCGCCCGCGACGCCCUCAUCGCGCGUCUCCGCGCCCGUCUGUCCGCGCAGGAGGCGAACGCCGCGCCGUCACUCGUGGACUCGCUGCUGGAGCAGGUGGCACAUUGCCGGGAGCAGCUCCGGGAGCAGGAGGGCAGCGCGGGCGAGGAAGUGGCCGCGCUACGCCAGGAAAUCGAGAGGCUGAAGGAGCAGUUGAAGGAAGAAAAGGAGAGGGCCAUGCAGGUGCCCACAGAGAAGGAGGUGGCCCUGCUGCGGAGGAAUGCUGCUGCUGGCCACGUGCUGCGCCGCUCGCUGGCCGAGGAGGCCCACCAGCUUCGGAGGACGCUGGCCGCCACUGCCCACAUGUGCCAGCAGCUGGCCCGGUGUCUAGGGGAGAGGCAGCAAGCAGGCAGAGGCACGGAGACCCCUGACAAGCCAGAGUAUUCCAGUGGGGACGCCACCCUUCAGUCUGAAGUGGAGAGGCUACGGGAAGAAAACCGGCAGCUGAAGGCCAAGAUCUCUCACGUGGAGGACCUCAACACCAAGUGGCAGCGGUACGAUGCCAGCCGGGAGGAGUAUGUGCGGGGGCUGCAGGUACUAUGCCAGCCCUCGGGGCCCUCAGUGGCCCUCCUGAGGAAGGAGGUGGCCCGGCUCAACCAGCAGCUGGAGGAGGCACUUGGUCAGUUCCAGGAGGCUCAGCAGGAGCUGACAGCCGCUCAAGGGGCCCGAGACGCUGCGCUGGAGCUGGUACAGAUGCUGGAGCAGCAGCUCCUGGUAUAUAAGGACGACUUCUCGUCAGAACGGGCAGACCGGGAGCGAGCUCAGAGCAGGGUCCAGGAGCUCCAGGACAAGGUGGCCUCCCUGCAGCGCCAGGUGGGCAGGACACAGGACACCUGGGCACCAGGCCAGACUUACCCCCGGAGCAGCACGCCCCAUUACUUGGAGACAGAUGCCCCUGAUGCAGUGGCACUGGGGUCCCCGCGGCUAGAGCCUCCUGCAGCCCCCAGGAUCCAGGGGGACCUCCAGUGUCCUCACUGUCAGCUGCACUUCAGUGAUGAGCAGGCCGAGGAGUUGUUCCGGCAUGUGGCCGAGUGCUGCCGGUGA